CACCCAGCACACAUACAACACACACACACAAACACACAAUUGUACAUUCGGACGGAAGCGAAAAAUUGCAUUGGCGACCGAGACGCAACAAAUAAUUACUGGAAUGCGCGCCUCCAUUCCGCCCGGUGUACGUGUCGUACGCGGCCCAAAUUGGAUUUGGUCGAACCAAGACGACGGAGAAGGUCACGUUGGCACCGUUUGUGAAAUUGGACGCUGUGGAUCGACACAUUCACCGGAGAACACGGUUGUGGUUAAUUGGGAUUCUGGACAUCGCACCAACUACAGAGUGGGCUAUCAAAGUCAAUACGAUUUGAUAAUUGUGGAUAAUGCACAAGUUGGUGUUCGUCAUUCAAAUGUUGUUUGUGAUGGCUGCUCCAAGGCGGGCAUAGCUGGCAUUGUAUUCAAGUGCGCUCAAUGCACGAAUUAUCAUUUGUGUGCCUUCUGCUACGGCGGUAAUAUUCACGACUUAGAGCACACUUUUGUGCGAUACACUACCCCGACUUCAUUGGGUGUACGCGUUCCGGCAAGGAAAGGCUCACAGCGCAUACAACUGCGUGGCAUUUUUGUGGGCUCGAAGGUUGUGCGCGGCCCGGACUGGGAGUGGAACGAUCAGGACGGCGGUGAGGGUAAAACGGGUCGGGUUAUGGAAAUACGUGGCUGGGACAACGAAUCGUGUCGCAGUGUAGCCAACGUAUCGUGGGUAACGGGUUCAACGAACGUCUAUCGUUUAGGCCACAAAGGAAACGUGGAUCUUAAGUAUAUAGCAGCAACUUGCGGUGGUUAUUACUACAAGGAUCAUAUGCCAGUUCUGGGACAACCCGAGGAACAGCAGCCCAUCGUGGCCAUGGUCAAGCCAAGCUUCUCUGUGGGCGAUCGCGUCAAGGUGUGUCUCGAGGUAGACGCGUUGAUGAAGCUGCAACAAGGGCACGGUGGCUGGAAUCCGCGUAUGGUCGAGCAUCUGGCCAAGCUGGGCACAGUGCAUCGCAUCACCGAAAAGGGAGAUAUACGAGUCCAAUAUGAAAACUGUCCCAAUCGUUGGACCUUCCACCCCGCCGCCCUCGUCAAAGUGGUUUCGUUUCGCGUGGGCGAUUUAGUGACAAUCAUAAGCGAUGCAUCUAAAGUGCAGCAGCUGCAAAAGGGACACGGCGAAUGGAUUGAUAUCAUGCGCUAUGCUCUGGGCAAGCUUUGUAAAGUGGUUAAAGUAUAUUCGGAUGGUGAUCUGCGCAUACAGCAGCUGGAUGAUGGCUUCGAAUGGACACUGAAUCCCAAAUGUGUUAAGCUGGAGCGCUCACCAUUGGCCACUGCAGCUGAACGUUCCAAUAGCAUGAUGGAUCUGAGCCAUCGCCGUACGGAUCAUGUGAUGACACCACUAUCGGGUCUCUCUGGCAGUUCGGUGCCCGACAAGCUGGUCCGAGAAGCGGCCCAGGGCCAUUUGGAUUUUGUGAAGCAAUAUCUGGAUGUGAAUCCUAGUCAAGUGGAUGUGAUGAGUGGCGGCAAGGCCUGCAUACAGGUGGCCUCCCAUCAGGGUUAUGUCGAGCUGGUCACCUACCUCAUCUCUAAGGGCGCCAAUGUGAAUGUGGUGGACAAGGAAGGCGAUUCAGCUCUACACUAUGCCGCCUUUGGUAAUCAGCCCGAGACGAUGCGCGUACUGCUCGAGCAUGGCGCCGAGGUGAAUUUCCUCAAUUCAAGCCACUGUUCGGCUCUGCACAUUUGCGCGCACAAAAAAACGCCUCAUUGCGUGCGAGAACUGUUGCAGCACAAUGCGAACGUCAAUAUUCAGGAUUCGUAUGGAGAUACAGCACUGCACGAUGCCAUUGGAAAGGAGAAUACGGAAGUCGUGGAGCUGCUUUGCAAUGCACCAAAUUUAGAUUUUACUGUGAAAAACAACCGUGGCUUCAAUGUGCUUCAUCAUGCGGCUCUGAAGGGCAACGUGGUGGCUGCUCGCCGCAUUCUUCAGCUAUCACGCCAAUUAGUCAAUGUGCGCAAGGAUGAUGGCUUUGCAGCACUGCACCUGGCUGCUCUAAACGGACAUGCACAAGUGGUGGAGACAUUGGUCACCGAAGGACAGGCCGAACUAGAUAUACGCAACAAUCGACGACAAACACCAUUCUUGUUGGCUGUCUCCCAAGGACAUGCGAGCGUUAUAGAGCGCCUGGUUAAGCUAUCGUGCGAUAUAAAUGCCAAGGAUGAGGAUGGCGACAAUGCCAUGCAUCUGUGCGUCAUUAAGAAAUCCAAUUUACAGCAGGCCGCCGAUCCCUCACCAGACGAGGCACCCGAAAUACACAAGUUCUUCGUCAGCCUCGCCCAGACGAGCGUACGCAGUGAGGAUCGUUUGAUGUACAGUGUACUGAUCUAUCUGUCACGUCAUGGCUGUCGAGUCGAGCUGAACAAUGCGAACGCUAGCAUCUUUGAAUGGAUCACUGAUCGCAAUAUACGACAGUUAAUUUUUGGUCAGCAAACGGUGGAACCAAAUGUGCCAACGACAGCUCCAACGCCACUGCAGCGCAAUAUGCAAGCCUUAGAUAUAAGAGCAGCAGAUGAAACGCCACCGAACGUUGCUGGCGAUGAAGCAGUGGCGACAGUUAGUGCAAGCACAUUAACUUUACCACCACCGCCGCCGAAACCUAGUGAGGUAUCACCCGCGGCAGCUGGUCUACAGCCUUCACCGGGCAACAAGAAACUGAAUUCGGAUGCAGCCAGCACUGGCGCGUCGCCCCAGAUAGCGCCACGUAAAAAGGCGCCCAAACCGCCAGUGCAAUCUGGAUCAGAAACAUCGGGAGCAACGAGCAGCGAGUCAAGCGGAUCGCUGAAGGCAUCGCUGGCAGGUGCAACAGCAGCUUUGCCGGGCAUAAUAUCUAGCCAGCCGGAGUGCAUUGUCUGCAAUGAGCCGCUACAGUUGGUGCGCUUUGAGCCCUGCCUGCAUCAGAUCGCUUGCGAGGAAUGCAGCAUACGCAUGAAGAAAUGUUUACGAUGUGGCGUUGCCAUUGAGCGACGCAUCGAUGUCAACGGUCGCCAAGUUGUUGGCCAUCAAUUGUCAUCGACAGCGUCGCCCAGCGAUCAGGCACGUUUGCCAUCAGGCGAUCUGUUGCGUUAUCUUGAAAACAAGGUGCAGGAAUUCGAGGAAUCACAUUUUUGUGGAAUAUGUAUGGAACGUAAACGGGAUGUGGCCUUCCUUUGUGGCCAUGGAGCGUGCUCCCAUUGUGCCGAAACAUUACGCACCUGCCACAUGUGCCGCAAGACAAUACUGAAGAAGAUCAAUCUGUACUGAGCACUUACUCAGUGCACUCUAGCAAUACGCAACCAAAGUGGCUUGUAUAUAUACAUAUAUAACAUAAAUAUGUUAACAAUUUAAUUAUUAUCAAGGAUUUACGUUGCGUGCCAACCACACCAGCUGAUACCAUCAUUCGUUCCAGAAACCUUCAAGCAUGAAUUUACUAUCCAACUUUAUUAUUUAUUAAAUACCACCAACAACAACAACAAUUAUUUUGCACGCACACACAAACAUGUCGAAACACGCACAUGCACAUACACAUGUCUAUAUUCUACUAGCAUCGUUUAACGACAACGAAACCCCAACUAAAAUAUGAUUAGAUGAUUAAUAAUAUAAGCAUUUUAAUUGCAAUUUAUUGAUAUACAGAAAUUUAUUGCUAAAGCGAUCUUAACUUUAUAAAGAUUACACAGGAAUCGACAUUAUUAAUAUACAACAAAAUAAUAUUUAACUA